AUGGACGGCAUAUUACAAGAGAAAACGUCAGAGAUAGGGUGCUCACAAGAAAAAUUGCCUAAUGAGGAAGCAGUAGCUAUGAAUAGUGGGGAGGAAAUUUCCCCACCUCCAAAAAACCCCGCCAACUGCUGCUCCAUUGCGACCGAUUCAUUCGCAGAACUAGUCACACAGAUGCGGAAAGAAAUAGAACAAAGAAUUGAACAUGAGCGCAAAAGCCGUGCCAUUCUCUGUGACCAACUUCUCCAACCGAUCGUGGAAAAAUACAUGGAACAGAUGAGACAAGGAGAUCAAAGAACAUCGUCAUUACAAGAAAAUGGCGAUCCAACUUUGUAG